CUUUAAACAAGUUUGUAUGCACGCCUAAACGAUCUGUGUUGUUAUGGACUUGAGUCACAUCUGUAAAACAGACUGGGUGUGACCCUGUGACCCCGCGAGCGGUGGGGCCAUGGCUGCUGGGGCGACAGUCGGGGAGAGCCAACUACAGAGGAUUAUCAGAGAUCUGCACGAUGCUGUUGCUGAGCUUGCAAAAGAGUACAGGGAAAGUGGGGAGCCAAUCACAGAUGACAGUACCAACCUGCACAAGUUAUCCUACAAACUGGAAUACUUACUACAGUUUGACCAGAAGGAGAAGGCCACAUUUCUUGGUACAAAGAAGGAUUAUUGGGAGUACUUCACUGACUGCCUGGCCAAAAUCAAAGGAGCCAAUGAUGGGAUCCGCUUUGUCAAAUCCAUCCCUGAGCUGAAGACAUCUCUGGGGAAAGGACGGGCGUUUAUCCGUUACUCCCUCGUACAUCAGCGCCUGGCCGACACUCUGCAGCAGUGCCUGAUGAACCAGAGAGUCACCAGUGACUGGUAUUAUGCACGGAGCCCCUUCUUGAAGCCCCAUCUGAGUGUUGACAUAAUCAAUCACUUGUACGAGCUCAAUGAGGUCCAGUUUGAUGUGGCUUCCAGAGGUCACGAUCUUGAUGCCUCCUGGCCAACUUUUGCAAGGAGGACACUGGGAAACUCACCUGGCCACACGUGGAAACCACCCAGUCGCAGUUCCAGUAUGAACAGUCUGGCCAGCACCUACUCCCAGCAAGCCCACGAGUUCCCCUCCAGCCCUGACUAUGGUCAGAAUCUGCUCAAUGACCUGAACGAAUCCUGCACAGAAGAGGCCAGCACAGCUGAAGACCUUCGCCUGGAGCUGGACCAAUCAGAGCUGAAGCAGCGAGGGCUCCUAGAUAAAGUGCAGCAGCUGGGCGAGGAGGCUGCUGAGCUCAGGGAUGUAGUGGUGCAGCUCCAGAGUCAGCUGGAUGUGUCCCUCGCUGCCCAAGAGGAGCAACAGGGCUUGCAGGGAGAUCUGAAUGCUCUGCAGGGAAGAGAAGAGGCCCUUUCCAGAGAAGUGGAAGCACUCAGGACUGGGGGAAAAGCUGAACAACAACUGCUCCAGGAAAAGCUGGCAGCUGCUGAGGGGAAGAACAUAGAGCUCCUAGCCAAAUUAGACAGCGUGCUGAGUGAAAAGGGCCAGCAGGCAACCAGUCACUUUGAUUCAGCUCAAAAGAUCCAUGAGUUACUGGACAGAUUGAAGGAGGCAGAGAGAGGGAAGAUGGAUGCUGUAGCUGAGGCAGAUGAGAAGAAGAGACAGGCAGAAAGGCUAGAGGAAGAGCUGACACUGAAGGAAGCAGCAGCAACGCGUGGCGAAACAAAACUAGAAGCAUUGGUAACAUCUGCAUCUGAGGAGAAGGCAAAGUUGCAGGUGAAAGUGGAGGAACAGUGCAGCGCUCUUGAUAAGCUGCAGGGGGCUUUGACAGUGAGAGAGAAGGAGACAAGCAACCUCCAAAGACAACUGCAGGACCUCCAAAGAUCCCUAGAGGAGAAGGAGAAGGACAUGGAGGAGGUGAAGGAGAGGGCACAGCAAGACAAAGAGGAAAUGCAGAAGAAGUCUAAUGGUUUAGGAUCAGAAGUCACUGCCCUUAAGGGGAAGCUAAAGGAGAAAGACGCACAGCUAGAAUCCAAGCACCAAAGCCUGAUCACAGAGAGAGACAAACUGACCAAUAACCUUGUUGAGCUGGAGGGAAACGUCAAAGGACAAGCAGCGAAGAUAGAAGAAUACAAGACUCAGUGUGGCAACUUAAUAGAGCUAAAUAAGAAAUUGCUAAAAACAGAAAAGAGAAACGAGGGGAUGAAGAAGGAGAUGGUAGAAAACAGAAAAGUGACCGAGACUGAAUUAGCUGCUCUGAGAGCUUCUGAGAAACAGCUUCGUGGCCAGAUGGACGACACCAAGAUGACGGUGGAUGAAAAGGAGAAGCAUCUGCGUGAGGAGAACCGCCAGCUGGAUGAGAGUCUGCAGAGAGCCAACAUGGCCGCAAAGCAUCUGGAGCAGGAGAACCAGAGUGUGAGGGAGGAGCAGGACACUGUGAAAGCAGCUCUCAGCCGUAUGCAAGCCGCCCUGAAGAGUGUUCACGCGCAGAUCGGAGAGUUGGAGAAAAACUUAGGAGUCUCGCGUAAGAACGAAACCACCCUUCAAGAACAGCUCGAAGCCAAAAAGGCGCAACUAGAACAUAAAGAGAAGAGUCUUGUUGAGCUGCAGUCCAGGUUGGAAUCUCUUGAAACCAGGGAGAAGGAGCUGGAGAUCGCCAAAUCUGACGCAGAAGCAGUUUGUGCUAAGCAGACAAAAACGAUUGAAAGGGUUACCUCGGAGAAGCGAGUGAUGGAGACAUCUCAGCUGGAGAGGAGCGCGGUGCAAGUGAAGGAGAACCAGGAAGAGACGGGGAAACUUGAAGGCCAAUUGGAGGUGUGCAUGAAGGACGUGUCCAGGCUGCAAGCAGAGACUCUGGACCUCAGGGUGCGGGUACAGAGAUCUGAGGAAGAAAAAAUGAAAUCACAAGCACAACUGGAGGUGACGGAGGCCCAGAGAGAUGAGCUCCGGACUCUGACCGAGCAUCUCAAAGCCCAGACUGAGGCACUGAAUCAAAAGCAUGUAACAGAGCUAGUGGACUGCAAGAAGAAAGAGGGGGUUCUCAUUGAACAGCGUGAUAAAGAAGUAGCCGCCUGUGCAGAGUUGUCCAUCUCUGCAGCGGCCAUCCGCGAAGAGCUGUCCAAACUCAAGGCAGAAAACAGCCGGCUAUCCUCAGAGAACGGCGAGAUACGAGAGGGUCUGCACAGAGCGAACACUGAGAUGGCAGAGCUUGGGAUCACCAUCUGUAAGCUGGGUGCAGAAAAGGAGGAGGCUAGAGAGCACUGGGCCGGGGACGCCGCCAGGAUCCAGGAGAUGGAGAAAGAGGUGGAGCGACUAGAAGAGAGCAUGGCAGAGCUGCAGCGGGAGAAUGCCAGACUAAGAGAGGAGCUGACAGAGAAGGAGAAACUUCCAGAGAGUAUCAUGGAGCUCAAGAAGCAGCUGGACAACGCCAAAAACCAAAUGCAGAGCGUCAAGGAGGAGGUGGAGGCCGCCAAGUUCCACCUGAGCUCUGAGAGCAUGAGUCAUCAGGUCCAGAUGAAGAGCGUUAAUGAGCAGCUGGACGCGGUGAAAGGCCAGCUGCGGGAGGAGACGAGGAGUGUGUCCAGCCUGCAGGACAAAGUGUCUGAGAUAGAGGCUUUGAAUGAGCAGUACCUGAACCUAACUGGCGAGAGAGACGCUCACAUCACACAGACACAAACAACCAUCCGUGAGAGUGAGAGCGAGAUUCAGCAGCUGAGGGAUGCUGUAACCAGCGCUGAAGAAGCACACUUGGCUGCGCAAAAGCUCUGCGAGGAUUUGAGGCAGAAACUCAUCACAACAGAAGCCGACAGAGCAAACCAGAGCAUGAAGAUGACUGCAGAGAUCGAUGACCUCAACAGGACGAAGGGCAACCUUGGAGAGCGGCUCAUCGAGCUGAUAAGGGACAAAGAUGCUCUGUGGCAGAAGUCAGACGCUCUGGAGUUUGAGCAGAAAAUGCGAGCAGAGGAGCACUGGUGGUCCGAUAAAGAGACCACCAACUGCCUCGACUGCAAGGGCCAAUUCACCUGGUGGCUGCGCAGACAUCACUGCAGGCUUUGUGGUCGGAUCUUCUGCUACUACUGCAGCAACAACUUUGUGCUGACUAAGCACAGCGGGAAGAAGGAGCGCUGCUGCAGGGACUGCUACAACCAGCACAGCGCGGUGGUGGAGAGGUUCACAGAGGCGGAGCUGAGUCCUUCAGACACUCAGCCCCCCCCACCCUUAGCUGGACCCCAGCCCCCUCCAGAACCAGCCCCGUAUAAACCCACUCCCAGGGUCACAGUUUCAGACCCCAGCCCAAAAUCUGAUGACGGGGUUUUUGACAUAAUCACAGAAGAGGAAGUGAACGGCGUCUACGACAGUGACAACGUGUCCCAGACCACAGGGGGCUCUCUGGAGGGAGAUCAGGAGCCACGGCCCCCAGGAGCGCUGGAUAUAGGCACCGGAGAUGUGACCCCUGAUAACCCUGAAGACCAUGUUCCCACUGUUCAGGAUACAGAAAUCAACAUUCUCAAAUCCGGAGAAGUCACGAUGGCUGUCCCUCUCAGCAUUGACGAUAUUUCUGGGUUUGGUGAAGGUUCCCGGGAGCUCUUCAUCAAAUCCAGCUGUUACAGUGUAAUCACUGUUGCCGUGGGUGACCGUGGGCCAACCAUCAGCUGGGUGUUUUCCUCGGAGCCUAAGAGCAUCUCCUUCAGUGUCGUUUACAGGGAAUCAGCUGAUGUUCAUGUGGAACAGUCAAAGGUCCUGAUUCCUCUGACUCGCUGCAAUUCCCAUAAAGAGACAAUUCAGGGACAGCUGAAAGUCCGAAACGCCGGCCUCUACACACUCAUCUUUGACAACUCCUACUCACGGUUUAUCUCCAAGAAGGUCUUCUACCAUCUGACCAUGGAGAGACCCAUCAUCUACGAUGGAAGUGACUCCCCUGAACAUGGAUGAUAUAAAGGAUCUCAAAGAUGGCAAAUUCAGACAGUUUCUAAUUAAUAGGAAUUUAUUUUACCUCUUUUUCUCCAAAAUUGUUUUUACCCAAGUAUUUUAUGCCUCCAUUUUUGAUUGUGUUAUUUAAGUCUGUGGUCUUAUUGUUUUUAGGUGUCCCCAUGUUUUAACUGUGGCCUAAGUGAGGUGUUGUCAACAAGAUGGAAACAGGAAGACAAAUGUUUUAGUGUGUUUUUAUAGAUGUCCACCAAGUAAUAUACAAUAUGUACUCCAAGUUUGGUUAGCUUUUGGUUUCGUUUGAGACGUUUUGUCUUCCUUUUAUUUUUGUCAGUCUUACUAUUGAUCUCUCUUUUCCCAAACAUCAUGUUAGGGAAUGCAGUAGUAUCAUUACUUCAUUAGUAUAAGUAUUUAUUGGCAAAAUACCCAAGACAUAUUUUAUUUUAAUUGACAAAGUACGGUCAGUUGUUGUGCAAUCUUUUAAAUCAAAGAAUUCAAAGCAGAAAGGUGCAGACAAAAGGUUUGCCCCUGGCUUUAUUAAUGACCCUGUCUGAACACGUUUGCACGUUGCUAGCGCAGGAAUAUACAAAACUAGACCCGGAAAAUUACAAUAUCUGUUUUAUAAGAAACCGUAUAAACUUUGUGCAGAUCUCAGGAGUGGGACAUUGAAGUGUCCUCUAUUUGUAGCAUGUCCUUAUUUUUAAUGUUUUUGAGAAAGAGAAAGAAGAAAAACUGCCAUCUUACUUUCUGUGUCAGGAGAAUACAAAUCAGCUUUCUCCAUCCAGCUUAUAGGACCUCAUUAAUGACUGGUGUCAUUACAAUGAUCACUAAAAGUAUAUUAAAAACUGUCAGCUAAUCAGCUACUGUACUUCUAAAGUGCCUAUUAUCUCUGAUGGCCAGGGAUUACUUUGCUUUUGUAGCAUCGACAUAAAACAUGACACUUGGUACGAGUUGAUACCAUUCUGUAAAAACGUAAUCAGUGACAUUCAAAUCACAAAUCAGCAUUUAUUUUAAGUUUGACUUUCAUUUGGAUUCUAUUGUAAUCCCGGGCAUCUUGUUUAGGAAACCCUCUUCAAUGUACUCUCGAUGAUCAAAUGGCUUUUAUUAUGUUUUAAUGUUUCUUUUAAAGCAAAGUAAUGAGAAAAAAAUGAUCCAGCUCAAUCCGUACACUACUUAAAAAAGCAAGGGCUAAUCUCUCUGCUGAUGAAAUCUUUUCUAGCUUCAUAGUAAGAUCUCUUAUAUUUUUAAUGGGUAUAUAUUUGUGCAAUUUCUAUGCAAAGGCUCAUAUUUUCAUUACAGAGCUGCACUUUGUGAUCAUUACUUUACAAUUUGUUACAAACAAUACUGAAUCUGUUAAGUGUACAGUAUCUUUGUCAGAUUUUUCUACUUGCCGAUCUUGAAGGAUCAUUUUUGAAGAAGUGUAAUAUGCAUGAAUCAUAACUACAGGCACUCAGUGUGACUAAUAGAUCUGUCAAACAUCCAGUAAACAUGAAUAAAAUGUGAGAUUGAUGACGCCGACAUCCA